UCAUUGUGAAUCCUAGUGUUUUGAGGUCUGCCUUUUUUUGCCUUGGCAUGUCUGCAAAUAGUCAAAAAUAACAAAAUAACUUCAUAAAAAGCAGCAAAAACCCAGAACGUGAGAACUUGACUCCGGUUGCUAACCACAACAAACACCAUUCUACGGCGUGAGCGGUUGCCAUGGUGACACGUAAAGACUGUAGCGGGGUCAAAGCUAGCGUCACUUUGGCUAAACUGUGCUAAAAUAAACAUUUAAAAUCGAAAUAAGUAUGAUGAAGAAAAAAGGAAAAGAUAAUAAGGCGCAUGCUGCAGAUGAGGACGUCGCAAAACAAAGAAGCAUAAUAUUAACAGAACAGUCACCCACUGGAUCAGUAACCAGCCUGACCUUUGAUGACUAUCAGUGCACAGGUAAUGUCCAGGUGGACUUCCCCAAACUCUGUGCUCUCCUGGAUAUAAAGGACAUACCACCUGUCUAUUGCAAAAUCUCAGAAACAGAAGGGGGAGAGGCAGCAGAGGAAAGUGAGCCUCAAACAGCAGCUCAGUGGUGGAAACCGUAUCUCCAUGCUGAUCUGGAGAACAAAAGCCCACUCAGCUGCAAGAGCCUUAGGAUAAAUGGAUGGAAAGUAGAUGAACAGAUUUGCCAAGUUCUGAACAAGAUGCUUCCAGAUCUGAGUCAAAUUCAGAGCAUCUAUUUUUGGCAAGCCGGACUGACUGAUGAAAUGGUAAAGUCACUUUCAAACACACUCUCACAGGGCUCCAGUCUAAGAGUUGUAUAUUUGGAGGGCAACCCACUCCCAAAUCAUAGCUACCACCUGCUUCUCUCUGAGGACAGUGCUCUCAGUCACCUGUUCCUGAGAAAUAACCAAAUGAAGGAUGAAGGGGCACGUCUGAUUGGCUCUGCGUUAUCAACAGUCAAAACAGCCAAUAAAAACCUCCUCUUUCUCAACCUCGCCUUCAACCACAUUGGGGAUGCAGGUGCUGUGUAUCUUGCUCAGGGCCUGCGUCUUAACCGUUCCUUAAUCUACCUCUCAUUGGCCAACAAUCAGAUCGGAGACUCAGGGGCUGCUCAUUUGUCCAAGGUUCUGGGGGAGUUUCCUCUGACUCAUGAAGAAGUUGUGGAGAGAAGGAAGCUGCUCAUAGAAAAGAUGGAACUGAAUUUUUGGUCAGAUCUCGAUGAAGAAGUUGUGACUCCUGCAGUGGCCAUCCCACCACCCAAACCAGAGCCUAAAGGCAACGCCAAGAAAAAAGAGGUUGCUAAGAAAGAGGAAAAAACAGAAAAAGGACCUGCCAACAAAGAAAACCUGAAGAAGGGUGCCCAAAAGCCAAAAACUCCUGAUAAGGCACCUCCAACCAGAGGAGGAAAAGCAGCAGGCAAAAAGAAAUCUCCCCCUGUCGAGGAGAAGUUAUCUUUGGUUAAAUUGGCUGAGCCUGAAGUGGAGAUGGUGAACCCCCUGCUGGACCCUUUGGCACAACGCAAGAACGGACAGGUGUUUCUGCCUGGAAACUCCACUCUGGUCUACCUCAGUUUGGCAGGCAAUGCAAUAACAGAGAAAUCGUUGCCUCUCUUUCUCGCCUCUCUGGAGGAGCAGAGAGAAGGAGGACUGCUGUGUCUGCAUUUGAAUAGAAACCAGUUUUCUCCCAACUGUGAAGGCCUAAACAAAAUAAACCAACUCCUGCAGCUCAGAGACCCAAACACCAAACCUGUGACUGAGGCAGACAAAGAGGAGGAGCACAAAUAACUACCUAAUAUGAGAAUGUUGAUACUGAAGGUUAUUUAUUUGCACUGAUGCUAUAUUUUGAUUUUUAAUAAAUUCUUUGAUGAUG